CCACCGCUCCCGGUCCGGGUGCGCCGCGGGCUGCAGUGGAGGUUCCGGGCGGAGCGGGCGCUUCCGGGAGCGGCGGGGCGAAGCGGGCCGGACCGGACCGGACCGGACCUGACCGGACCGGACCGGGGGAGGAUGAAGAAGGAGCAGGUGGUGCACUGCCAGUUCUCCGUGUGGUACCCGCUCUUCCGGGCCGUCACUAUCCGCAGUGUUAUACUUCCCCUGCCAGAGAAUGUGAAAGAAUAUUUGCUGGAUGAUGGAACGCUUGUGGUUUCUGGAAGAGAAGACCCACCAACUCAUUCUCAAGAGGGGAGUGAUGAUGAAGCAGAGGAAAUACAGUGGUCAGAUGAUGAGAAUACUACAACGCUUAAGGCUCCAGAAUUUCCUGAGUUUACAGCUAAAGUCCAAGAAGCAAUAGGUUCCUUGGGAGGCAGUGUUUUUCCUAAACUGAACUGGAGUGCUCCAAGGGAUGCUUACUGGAUAGCAAUGAAUAGCUCUCUGAAAUGUAAAACUCUCAGUGACAUCUUCCUGCUCUUCAAAAGCUCAGACUUUAUUACUCGUGACCUCACUCAGCCAUUUAUUCACUGCACCGAUGAUUCGCCUGAUCCUUCCUUGGACUAUGAGCUUGUUCUUCGAAAAUGGUGUGAGCUAAUCCCUGGUGCAGAAUUCAGAUGCUUUGUCAAAGAAAACAAGCUUAUAGGUAUAUCGCAAAGAGACUACACUCAAUACUAUGAUCAUAUCUCUACACAACAUGAGGAGAUCUGUAGAUCAAUACAGGACUUUUUCAAGAGAAACGUACAGUAUAAAUUCUUGGAUGAAGACUUUGUUUUCGAUGUGUACAGAGACAGCAGGGGCAGGAUUUGGUUAAUAGAUUUUAACCCCUUUGGUGAAGUAACAGACUCGCUGCUGUUUACAUGGGAAGAACUGAUCUCUGGGAAGAACUUGAAAGGAGACCAGAGUGAAGAGGAAGCUACAGAACAGGACUAUCCAGUUUUCCGUUGUACGAACAGCAAAGUUACUGUCCAGCCUAGCCCAUACCUGAGUUACCGACUGCCAAAAGAUUUUGUGGACCUUUCUACAGGAGAGGAUGUUCACAAAUUAAUUGACUUUCUUAAACUGAAAAGAAAUCAGCAAGAUGAUGACUGAGCUAUCAAGAAGUGUUGCAUUGCAUUACAAGCAAGAAAUGUGGCAAAAGCUAUAUUUAGCAUAACUAUUAAACUAUCAGUUUAAAGAAAAUCUGCUUUUUCUGUUUAAUGAAAGAACUGAAGAGCAUCCUGUGUGUUGGCUUAUAUAAAAGUGUAGGAAAGCUUUUCCAUGGAAGCAUGAAGAGUCAGGGUGAGCCCUCACUGGAUUCCCGGUUGGGCACAACUAUACUGCGGUGCAAGCAAGCAACAGUUUAAGUGCAACUGAAUGACUGACUUCUCAUCUCAGUGUUGUAAACAAUUAUGCCAUUGAAAUAGUAAGACUCUUCAGUGAUAAAUAUUAUGAUAUUUAACUCAUGUGCAAUUAAAACAUCAAGUAUUUAUAUUUAGAUACAGUUUUGCUUAAAAUACAGCAUAGUUGCAAGGACACGAAUGUACACUUUCUGUAGUAACCUUUUAAAAUUGUAAACUGACUUUAAGUUUGGGGAGCACUUAUCUUUUCUUUUUGUAAAAAAAAAAAAAAAAAAAAAAAAAAAAAAGUGGAGAAGGGAUUUUUUCUUUAUUCUGAAGGUUAAUACCUCAUUUCGGAGAACAGAUAUAGUAGACUACGUAGAUUUAACAAGUCUUGCAUUUUAGGAAUUUGUUGAAAUUCUAAAUGCAUUUGAAAUGAAGUAAUAUUUUCACACUGCAGAUAAAGGUAUGAACUUUUUAAAGCAUUAGAUUUCAUUCUGGGAUAAUACAGGGUUUUUUGAAACUAUUUUUUUCUUUUUUUUUUCUUUUUUAAACAUGGUUAAGUAUCAGUCAUCAGCUGUGGAUUUAAUAUAAAUAGUUAAUCCUAACAUAAACCUGUGACUUCAUAUGUGGACUCAAAUCCUGUUUCUUUUCUAUCGAAUCUCUUGAAGUUCCUUAGGAAGGUGAUUCCACUUUCAGCUCGUAAAAUUCUGGAUUUAUUUGGCAUUUCAUGUUCUGUGUAUAAAAGGAAUCUUGAUUAGAAUUUGUGGAAACAAAAGCUCUUUUACUUUG